CCAAUGAGGUGAACGGCUGGGUUUGUGUGUAAUUAAGGAGGAGGAAGGUAUAGAUAAAAUACCUGAAAUCUAAAUAUAUUUAUAAUCUAAUUAAGCAGCUUCUGUAUUAGAAAUAACUCUCAAGAGUACAGACUAUGUCGGAUACGACAAGCACUUCUGUGCUCAUUACAUUCAGUGAUGUAAGCAGAACAAAUUGUAGCUGUAUUAUGGAAACAAAACCCUCAAGCCAAGAUGCUGGAGAUAAAAAAGAUGGGGAGUAUAUCAAGCUGAAGGUGAUUGGACAGGAUAACAGUGAAAUUCACUUCAAAGUCAAAAUGACGACACAUCUCAAAAAGCUAAAGGAGUCCUACAGCCAGAGACAGGGUGUACAUGUGAGUUCUCUAAGGUUUCUCUUUGAAGGACAGAGAAUUGCGGACAACCAGACUCCAAAAGAGUUGGGAAUGGAAGAUGAAGAUGUCAUUGAAGUGUAUCAGGAACAAACUGGUGGACUUUGGAACAAUUAAACUAACAUCCUCUUCAUGUCCCCCCCUCCCCCCCAUUCUGAUAUUUGUGUCUUGUCGUAGCGGAAAACUGUAGGAGCCGUCUUCUUUGCACAGGGCUCCUGUGGUCUGAAGACAGGGGGAAUCAAGGGAGGUGUGGAUGGAGGGACUGGCUUUGUGAACCUCCCCCCCCCCCCUUAGUCUCAAAGCAAGGAGCUAAAAAUAGGCAUUGGUGUUCAAAUUGCAGGGAGAUGCAGCAACACGAGACAUUCUGCUCACUUAUUUGUUAAAGUUCCGCUGAUUAGUUCUUCCCUGUUGGUCAUUGUGGAAGAACAGACUUUGUUACUCUCAAAAGGUGAUUUCUGUAUAAGUUUAUGUCAAAAGGACAUGUUUCUCUAAGUACAGAAUGCUUGGGCUAAAGGCAAAAAUACAUGACAUUUCAUCAUGUUUUUGUAGUCAUUGGAUAAGGAGGGUUAAUUUUUUUUGAAAGCUCUGGCUCAUGGUUGUUGGAAUAAUCAAGUUAAUUGACAUCCUCAGUAUUACAUGGAAUCAAUUUUACAUCAUUACUUUAAAAGUGCAAACAAAUAUUUUUCUUAAUAACAUUCAGUCCACUUCUGUAACUUCAAAGAAUUUUUAAGAAUAAUAGAUAAAUGUUUGCCAACCUGUAUGUUUUUAUAUACUGACUUUUUUAUUUAUAAUUUAUCCUUUCAUGGUGUUCCACUAAACUUCUUUCAUACUGGACAUCAGGUGGCAAAGAUUAAGUAUUUGGAAUUUUUAUCCAAAGAGGGUAGAUUGAGGAAUCACUGGCUUAUGAAAUAACUUGUUACAUGAAGUGAAGAAUACAGUUUAACUCUAAUAAAUCACUCUUGGCUGAAGGUGUGGUUCAAGAAAAACUUUUGGUUUCUUUGUCUGCUGUUUCAUCCGUUGCAUCUGCCCUCAGUAAGAUGUUCACCAGUUGUGCAUCUCUGCUUGUUAUUCAAGGAAAUGCAAAUCUUUAAAAUGCAUCUGUUGUUUUAAAGCAUUGACAUCCUGUGAUGACAUCAUGAUAGUUGUGCACUGUGGCUGAUGCCAGUGUACUUGUUUUAUUUCUGCAAGAAGCUCUGUAUUAUUUGACUGUAAAAAGAGGUUUCUGUAUUUUUAACUUUU